UUUAUGCUUGCGGGCGCCGCUUUUGUUCUCUACUCCGGUGUCGUCUUCUCGGCCUCUUGCUAAGACGCAGGGUUUCUCCUUCGGUAAUCUGAGCUCUAUUAUCUCUUUAAUCUUCCGUAUACUCGACUCCAAUCUAUUCAUUUGGGUUUAAUCCUCUGCGAUUGGGUCGUGUUAGCAUCGGUUAUGGUGACUGCGCUCGGAUCUUGUUAGGCACCAUCUACACUUAGACUGCUUGAUACUGGCAAGUAAUCAUGUUUAAAAAGCCAGUUGAGGCAAAAUUAUUGCAGCGUCUAUCAGGAGCAGAUAAGAAGAAGCUGAGAAGAACCACAAAGGACAGAUUUCCACAUGCUUCAGAUGCUAAUAUUGAUGAAAUUCUUCCUCCUAAGGCUGACAUAACAGUGGCUAAAUACACAAAUAGGGUUCAUGUUUAUGUUAUAGAAGGAGGGCUUCCUAUGAUUUUUGACAUUGAUGGACGAGGCACUGAGAUAUACCCAACAGUUUAUGCGCUGUGGAAAGUUCCAGAACUCGUACCAUCCUUUCUGCUCAAGGGUGGUGAGGUUUCUCGCUAUGUGAUUGGAGGUGCUGAUUUGAUGUUCCCUGGUAUUAGUAUACCUCCUGAAGGCCUGCCUUCAUUCUUAUCUGGGCAACCAUGGGCAGUAAAAGUUCCUGGCAAUCCAGCACCAAUCGCAGUUGGAGCCACCACUAUGAGUAGUUCAGAAGCCCUAAAAGCUGGUUUACGUGGGAAGGCUUUAAGAAUAACACAUUAUUAUCGUGAUUAUCUGUGGCAAUCAGCUGAAGGUCACUAUAUUCCAAAUGCUGGCUUUUUGGAAGAUGUUGUCAUGGAAGAUCCUAAUUUAUUGUCAGUUUCUCAGCCAGCUGAUGAACCUUUGGAUGCUUCAAAUGAUGAAGAUCAUGUUAAUACAGCAGAAAGAGAUCGUGUUGAUACAUCAAGUAUCCAUGCCACCACAGAUAUUGAUGCUCCAAUGAACUUAGAUGUUACUGAUCAAAUCUCUGAAGAAAUGACUACUGAUAUAAGUGGGCUAAAAGUAUCAGACAAUGUUACAGCUGAAGAACCAAGUGAUGAGAAGGAACAGCAAACUUUGUCUAGUGAAGAAAUUGAUGCCCUCCUGGACAAAUGCCUCUUGCAAGCAUUGCAUGCAACGGUUAAAGAUAAAGAUCUUCCCAUGCCUGGAAGCACACUAUGGUCAAACCAUGUACUACCAUGCAGACCUUCAGGCAUUACUUUGGACAUUAAAAAAUCUUCUCAUAAGAAACUUUCGAAGUGGUUGCAAUCCAAAUCUUCUGCUGGGCUGAUAUCAGCAAAGGAGGAUAAAUAUAAAAAAGAGGUCAUGUUACUUAGCAUUAACCGUUGUCAUCAACAGUUCAUGGCAUUUAAGCCAGAGAAACGGGUACCAGAAAAUGCUGAACAAAGGCAUGAUAACUCAGUCAGUGAGGGUGCACACACGAAACUACAACUUGAGGUAGUUGAAGUCUACAAACCAAGCACUCAUGUAAAGUCCAUAUUCACCGCUGUUGGAGCUGACACCGGAAGCUAUUAUAGUGCAUCAGAUGCCACGGACAUUGCCUUCAGAUAUGUUGAGAAGGAAAAUCUGGUUAAGCCAACAGAUAAGGCAAUGGUAACUUUGGAUGCUGCGUUGUGUGAUGCUCUUUACAAAGGGACUAUCAAGAAGGGCUCAACUUAUCCCACAGACGUCCACAAGAAAGAUCUAGGUUCAACAUUUUUAAGCAGGAUGCAGAUUCAUCAUAGAGUAUCAAAAGGAAAUGAAGUUGCCGUGCGUAAGGGUGCUGUGAGACCCAUUCAGAUUAUGACUGAACGACGACAAGGGAACAAGAAGGUGACAAGGGUCUCAGGCUUGGAAACUUUUUUGAUGGAUGCUGACUCACUGGCUUCUGAAUUGCAAAAGAAGUUUGCGUGCAGUACAUCGGUGGCAGAAAUUCCAGGUAAGAAGGGACAACAUGAAGUGCUGGUUCAAGGUGGUGUGAUUGAUGACCUGGCGAAGCACCUUGUGGACCACUAUGGCAUUCCAAAGAGACACAUUGAGGUGUUAGACAAAACCAAGAAAUGAUACGUGGAGGACCGAGCGGCCUGUAUCAGUAGUUUCUCCUUCCUUUUGGAUUAUAAGACCUGCUUCUGGAUGAUAAUGCUGAUGUUUCCGAGUUGAAAUGAAGAUGCUUUUUCUGAGUUCAGUAAAUUAUAUCACAUCUGUAUUCGAUAUUGAGACUACCUGUUGUUGAGAGAAAGGUGAAGAGCGGUUAAAUUUCUCAUGGCUGUGUUUGCGUGAACUUCGUAUGGUUAUUUGUAAUUUUGUACCGUUGUCGGUAGGUAUAGCUCUGUUAGGUUCUUGUCACCUUUUAAUGUGGUGCUUAUAAUUCUGCCACUUCAGUUC